AUCGCGAUGGUGUCCUGCUUCCAAGGACAGCACAUCCUGUGGCUGCUGCGGCGACUCAAGUUCUACGUCAUCAUCAACAGCUUCAUUUGCGCAGUGACGGCCGUCGCCCUGCUUGUUCAGACACGUAUCCCGCACAGCGUCGUCGGGUCGUACGCCGGCAUCCUUGUGCGGCUGGCAUGUAUGAUCGGGUGGUUCGAGUGGAUUUCCACGUUCAAAGGCAAGAUCUACGGUGCCAAGCGCAUGAUGUUGACGCGGCCGCAGCAACUGUCCAUCUUGUGCCACAUUCUGGUUGUGGUCGUGCCGACAGAGAUGGCGACGCUGUUCGUGGGCUCGUCCUACGUUGGCAUGACGACCCCCACCACGUACACGAGUGUCCUGGAAGAGUUUGUGUACUUCAUUCCAAAAUCCCUCGUCCUCGAGCUUGUGUUUGACCUGUUCCACUUUGGCAUGCAUUACACGUGCCACCAAAUCCCGCUGUUGUACCAGUACGUGCACAAGCAGCACCACAUGCAUUUGCACCCGUCGCCGUUGAGCACGUACGAAGAGUCGCCUGUGGAUCUCAUCUUGACCAACGUCGUGCCCAUGGCCAUUGCGUUGGCGGUCGGUCCGUCGCUGUCGCUUCACCAGCUGCACCUGCUCUUGGCGUACAAAACGUAUGUGGAAGUGGCGGGACACUCGGGUCUGGACAUCAAGGGCAUGUCGUUCCCGCAGAUGCCGCUCGUGCAAUGUGUCCACAUUUGCAUCCGAGUACACGACCACGACUUGCACCAUACCCAUCCCAGCGUCAACUUUGCCAAGCGAUUCAGCAUUUGGGAUCGGCUCUUCCGAACGUACAAAGCGUCAACCAUGUAAUUCGUUUCAAGGACCCAAACUCGCGUUUCAAACGCGUUUAAAAUAUAGUACAAGUACUGCAGUAUACUACAUAUUGCACCAUAAUCUAGGUUGGCGAUAGUAUAUAAAACACGUUGCAAACACGAGUCGGCAGGGUACUAGAUAGACCAAAUC